UCAUUGUACGCGCGGCGCCGCUGUAAGAUGGCCGCCGCCGCCUCAGCCCCCGCCGCCCCCGCCCCGCCGCCCGCCGAGGGCAGGAGGAUCGCCGACCUGCGCGUCAUCGACCUCAAGUCCGAGCUGAAGCGGCGCAACCUCGACAUCACCGGCGUCAAGACCGUGCUCAUCUCCCGGCUCAAGCAGGCUAUUGAAGAGGAAGGGGGCGAUCCAGAUAAUAUUGAAAUAACUGUUUCAGCUGACACACCCACCAAGAAACCAACGAAAGGCAAAGCUAAAAAGCAGGAAGCUGAUGAAUUAAUUGGUGAUGCUUCAGUUGAAGAUGAUUCCUUUGUCAAGGUAAUCAAAGAAAGUGAACUGGAAACUCAAGAUGCAAGUGAUCAAGAUGGAAUUGAAGAAUUAAAGGACUUUAAAGAAUCUGUUGAAGAUGAGAACUUGAAUUCUAGAGAACUACCACCUUCAGACAAGAAAAAAUACCACGACCUGGAGCCAGCAGAGACGACAGAAGAUGCAGAAAAGGAUUUGGAAAUUCAGGAAAAUGAAGGUCAAGAUAUAGAAGAUUACACUUUUCCAGCUGUCCAUGAUGGUGAAGAUGAAGAAAAUGAGAAAGAUAAAGCAGGUUCUGGUGAUGGUACACAAGAAGUAUCUAAACCUCUUCCUUCAGAAGAAAGCCUAGCUGAGGCUGAUCACACGGCUCAUGAAGAGAUGGAAGCUAACACCUCUGUGAAAGAAGCUGAGGAUGAUAACAUAUCGGUUACAAUCCAGGCUGAAGAUGCCAUCACUCUGGAUUUUGAUGGUGAUGACCUCCUAGAAACAGGUAAAAAUGUGAAAAUUACAGAUUCUGAAGCAAGUAAGCCAAAGGAUGGGCAGGAUACCAUUUCACAGAGCCUGGAGAAGGAAAGCAAGGACUAUGAGAUGACUGAGAACCAUAAAGAUGGUAAGAAGGAAGACUGCGUGAAGGGUGAUCCUGUCAAGAAGGAAGCCAGAGAAAGUUCAAAGAAAGCAGAAUCUGGAGACAAAGAAAAGGAUACUUUGAAGAAAGGUCCCUCGUCUACUGGGGCCUCUGGUCAAGCAAAGAGCUCUUCUAAGGAAUCUAAAGAAAGCAAGACAGCAUCAAAGGAUGAUAAAGGAAGCGCCAGCAGUGUUAGUGGUAGCAGUGGAAGCUCAACAAGAAACCUGUGGGUUAGUGGACUGUCUUCCAACACAAAAGCUGCUGACUUGAAAAAUCUCUUUGGCAAAUAUGGAAAGGUGCUCGGUGCAAAGGUGGUCACAAAUGCACGGAGCCCAGGGGCAAAAUGUUACGGCAUAGUAACGAUGUCUUCUAGUACAGAGGUGGCUAGAUGUAUCGCACACCUUCAUCGAACUGAGCUGCACGGACAACAAAUUUCUGUUGAGAAAGUGAAAGGCGAUCCCUCCAAAAAGGAGUUGAAGAAGGAAAGCGAUGAGAAAUCUGGUUCGAGUAGAAGCACGGGAGAUAAGAAGACUGCCUCAAGUGAUAAAACCAGCAAAACUCCGUCAACCAAAAAAGAAGAAAAGAAAUCUGAGAAAUCUGAAAAAUCUGAAAAAAAAGAAAAUAAAGAAGCAAAGAAAACUGAAGGUGGUAAAAGCCCAGGUCAAGUUGUAGUUUUAGACCAAACAAAAGGAGACCAAGGCCACACUAGGACAGUUAGAAGGGGGAGGUUUGAUAAACCACAGAUCCUGAGGAACAAAGAGCGUAUUAUGCAAGAUAAAAUGAAAUUCAGGGAAUACAGGGGUAGAAAGGAUAUCUUGCCUUUUGAAAAGAUGAAGGAACAGAGAUUGCGAGAACACAUGGUUCGGUUGGAAAGAAUACGACGAGCUGUUGAACUCCGAAGGCGAAGAGAAAUUGCUGAGAGGGAGCGUCGUGAGAGAGAACGCAUACGAAUAAUGCAUGAACGAGAAGAAUGCUUGCAGAGAGAAAGAGAGCGCUUAGAAAUUGAAAGGCAAAAGCUAGAGAGGGAAAGAAUGGAACGGGAGCGUUUGGAAAGAGAGCGUAUUCGUAUUGAACAGGAACGUCGAAAAGAGGCGGAGCGUAUUGCUCGUGAAAGGGAGGAACUCCGUCGACAACAGCAGCAGCUUCGUUAUGAACAGGAAAAGAGGAAUUCUUUGAAACGUCCACGGGAUGUAGAUCACAGGAGAGACGAUCCGUACUGGAAUGACAAUAAGAAGAUGGCUCUUGAUACAGAUGCACGUUUUGGCCACAGUUCAGAUUACAGUCGCCCGCAGAACAGGUUUAAUGAUUUUGAUCACAGAGAACGGGGGCGGUAUCCAGAGGGUGGUUCUGUCCCAUCAUCAUCUUUUGAUAGGCGAGAACGUUUUGUAAAUCAAGGUGAAGCAAAAAAGACACGCCCGACAGCACGAAGAGAAGAGCCGGGGUUUGAGAGAUAUCCUAAGAACUUCAGUGAGUCCAGAAGAAAUGAACCGCCACAACCGAGAAGCGAGCUGCGAGAUACGGACAGACGAGAAGUGCGAGGAGACAGAGAUGAAAGAAGAACGGUGAUAAUUCAUGACAGACCUGAAAUACCACAUGGGCGACAUCCAAGAGAGACUGGUUCAAACCCACCCAGGCAAACGAAUUGGAAGAGCGAGGGGAGCAUAAGCACAGACAAACGGGACGGCAGCUAUUUUUACAGAGGUGAGAGGCCAGAUCGAUCAGGAAGAGAAGUGUCUGGACAUGUGAGAGGUGCCCCUCCUGGGAGCCGCAGCAGUGCUUCUGGGUAUGGGAGCAGAGAAGGAGAACGAGGCGUGAUGGGAGAAAGAGGUGGAGGACAACACUAUAAUGAAGACAGACACGUUGUUGAACGCCACAGUCGUGAGACUGGACCAAGAAAAGAGUGGCACGGACCCGGUUCUCAAGGAAGCGGGUAUCAUGACGCGAGGAGAAUGGGAGAUGGCCGUGGAGGAGGUGGCAUGAUGUCUCCACAUACAAGUAACUCCUCACCAAUUAAUAGAGUUGUACAGAUCACAGGCAAUUCCAUGCAGAGGGGAAGUGGCUCAGGAUUUAAGCCGUUUAAAGGUGGACCUCCACGAAGAUUCUAAGAUCUACAGCUGCUUGGUUUCAAGAUAACUUAUUGAAAUCUCUUGUAAACUUUCUCUGAUUAAAAACAGGAAAUCUUGUCUGGAAGUCCUGGUUAAAUUUUUUUAAUUUAACAUGAUUACUUUCCUCUCAAUUUUGGAGGCAUUUUAAUAGUUACGUUGUAAUUUUGAAUAGUUUUUGUGUAUCUUUGAUAAGCAUUUUCCCUGAGGCACUAGAGCUGUGUAAAAAAGAAAA